UUGGAAGGGAGAGAAUGGCGGUUGAACAAAGCAGCAUCGAUGGGCGAAGCGCAACAAUCUCCUCAAUGCGCUCUCAUCCUCUCGUUCUCCUCCUCCGUUCCAAUUUUUAUAGCUUUUUUCCUGUAAAAUUCACUUCCACAAUUCGGUGGUGCAGUGGAUACCGAUCGGAUUUUGAUUUUCAUCAAUGGCGGCGUCGCGUGAGGACAACGUCUACAUGGCGAAAUUAGCCGAGCAGGCGGAGCGCUACGAGGAGAUGGUGGAAUUCAUGGAGAAGGUCUCGGCCUCCCUGCCGGAGACCGAGGAGCUGACCGUCGAGGAGCGGAAUCUCCUCUCCGUCGCCUAUAAAAACGUCGUCGGCGCGCGGCGAGCCUCCUGGCGGAUUAUCUCCUCCAUAGAGCAGAAGGAGGAGUCGCGAGGGAACGAGGAACACGUCGCCACUAUCAAGGCGUACAGAUCGAAGAUCGAAUCGGAGCUCGCCGGAAUCUGCGACGGUAUUAUCAAGUUGCUCGACAAACGCCACAUCUCUUCCGCUUCCGCCGUCGAUUCCAAGGUCUUCUACCUCAAAAUGAAGGGCGAUUACCACAGAUACCUCGCGGAAUUCAAAACCGGCGCCGAGAGGAAGGAGGCCGCCGAGAGCACCCUCACCGCCUACAAAUCCGCUCUGGACAUUGCUAACUCUGAUCUCGCCCCAACGCACCCACUCCGCCUCGGAUUGGCUCUGAACUUCUCUGUUUUCUACUACGAGAUUUUGAACUCGCCGGAUCGCGCAUGUAAUCUCGCUAAACAGGCAUUCGAUGACGCAAUUGCAGAAUUGGAUACGCUAGGCGAAGAGUCAUACAAGGACAGCACUCUGAUCAUGCAACUCCUCCGCGACAACCUCACACUAUGGACCUCCGACAUGCAGGACGAGGCGGCGGACGACGGCAAAGAAGCCACAAAAGCUGAGGGAGAUAAGAAAGAAACUCCCAAAACAGAGGAAGAAAAGCCUAAAGAGUAGAUUCAAAGGUCACCAUUUCCAUACUACUCCUCCUCCAUUAAUGGCAUAUGCUUUUUCUUUUUGCUAUUUUAUUUAAUUGUCUUUUCGAGAGUUAGUUAAGUUAUAGGCUUUCAUAUUGUCAAAUUGCCUAUAGAUAGAUGUUUUUUUGAGCAAUUUCAAGACUUCUAAUUCCAAUAUUAACCUUUCCAUAUUGGAAAGA